AUGGCGCCGCCCGCGCCGCUGCUGCGCUUACAAGAGCUCAUCCUCUUUGGCACCGACGUGGGCGUGCUGAGCCACACGGCGCUGUCGCUGUGGCACUUCCAGCAGCUGACGCGCGAGCUGCUGCAGGCCGACGCAGCGGCCGAGCACGACGACGUCGAGCGCAGUGCGGACGGAUCGGCAGUAGCAGCUGAGCGCGUCCCGACGACGCCGUUGCGAGGCACGGAACUGGGAGAGGGCAUGAGCGUCGCUGCUGUUCUCUACGAGGGGCCGACGGACGGCACGGAAGCGGAGAAGAGCGGCCGAUUGGACGCAGCGGACCCGUUUAGGGACACGACCGGUGGGACCGACGACUGGUCGGGACACCGAUCGCUACAAGGCGUGAAGACCACGAUCAAUGGACGUUUGACGUCCAGCACAAAAGUCGCGGCAGCCUUUCACCGCUACCGCUGCGUCUUGUGCCUCGAUGCGUCGCCGUCUAUUUUGUCCAUUGACCCGUCCUCUGGGCGGCUAUUCCUCGACUUGCUCUAUGAGAGUGUCGAGCUCUUUCUGUGGAGUAUGCUGCGGCCGAUGGAAAUAGGCGGCGUGGCCUUCAGUCCAGAGCUGCAUGUGUCCGUGUUGGUGCAAGGCGCACUCGUCGAGUCGCUCUGUGUGCUCAUGCAGGGCUACAUUGUCACGUCCACGAAUGCUGCGAGCUUCUUGCAGCUGAUCAAGGAACGGUUUGGGCUCAUCGAGAAUGACUGGGCGUGUCAAGCGCAGGAGCGAGGACAAUGGGGGUAUUUGGGCAAUACAGCACCGGCCUCGCUCGACUGGGUCUUGCAAAACAUGGUCUUUGCACUGAACUCGUUGCCAUCGGAGUGUGCGCCAAUCAUGAUGCUUGUAACAGAUGGUGUCGUGGAUGUUCGCGAUGUCUCUUCAUACGACAACGUCUUGAUGCAGCUCGUGCGUCAUGAUAUUCAAUGUCAUUUCUUGCGCAUUGGCGGAGAUGGAGAAAAUGAACUGGACGCUACAUUUGGCUUCGUACCAGACACGCAUCUGCUCCGCUUUGUAUCUGAGUACACUGGUGGAACCGUGUUUGACUAUGAGACUGUUUUCGAGGCUUGUUAUGGUACAACAAGUCCAAGCAGCAACAUUACCAAGAGAAUGACAGGGUUACAGGAUGCGUUGUUCUUACGCAAAUCGAGUGUGCAUGCAAAUUCUGCGCCUGUAGUCAAGCUGAACGCGAUGGAGAGCACAUCGUUUGAUGGAAGGACUCUGCUGCCUUUGCACCCUUACCGUAUGUGGCGUGAAAAAGUGCACGAAUAUCGCAUAUAUGCAGACGUGAAUCGGAUUGUCGAGGCAAGGCUUCGUGAAGGUUUUUCGAUCAAUAAAAUCUAUGUGAAGACUUAUCAGAGCCCACACUUGACAAAGCAGACCGGUGCCGGCUCUCCUAGAAGUGGCAAUGCACCUGCAAGUGAUACUAAUGAGCAGUACAGCGAAGUUACCAAGUUUUUGCUUGUCUUUUUGCUACAAUGGAAACAGAAUGUUUGGCUCGAAUAUGUGGUCUCAACGACCACCGAGUACUCAGCCGCAUCAAUGGCACCGGCAAGUACGGCCGCCGGUCGACUAGUCAGUGGGCAAGGUAUCAACGGUCUGACCUCGCCAAAGGCAGCAAGAAGAACUGCAAUUAUUUCCAACGGCCAGGGAGCAGCGUGGAGUGAAUGGUACGUCAAAAUGAACAUCUUAGGCUACGCAGACUUUCUUCGUGCGUUCGAAGAUACGAUGCAGCGCUCACCGGAAAGUGGGGACCGGAGGGCUGCGAUCGGAGCAGAUCUUCAUAUAGCCUCGCCAAUAUUUGUACACGACUUCAUCCGAAAUGUUCAGGACGUCGAUCGCGUGCUGCUGCAUCUAAUGACUGCGACCACGAGCAUACGUGAUACCAGUGAUUCGGUCGUUAAUCAGUUUUCGUUUGGAACGAACCCGACUUCAGCGUCUGCGAAUCCGAAAAUUACAAGUUCCCACCCUGUCUUCAACAUUAUUGGCGACCUCUCCACUGUGCUCUGGCACCGUUGGUUCUUCCUGGAGCGAUUUGAAAUCCUUUCUGUGGUCAAGAGCGAGGCGUUUACGGACUUGUUUUAUCGUGAUGAGACGUACGGUGUAGAGGAGCGUGAGAGCGUAGACUCACGCUUGCGCGGCCCAGGAAACUCGUCACGACUGAUUCACAGGCAUGGAGCAAGUGUGUAUAGUGCAAGUAGUGGGCACGUUCCGGUUGGGAUCGAGAGCCUUGCUGAGCCAUUGGUUGCGAUUCUCGCGAAAUGGUCGUCGCAAAAGCUGUCCCAGGAUUUGUUUCUAAAAUUCCUGCGUCCGACUGGUGCUGAUAAAGGUCACGUCCCGCCUAGGGCCAAGGGUUUGCCCCCUACUAUUGCCUCGUAUGGAGGGCUUGCACAGCGACGUCGGCAGCGCAGUCAUAAUAGCAGCACUAGUGAAGGUGCCACACUCGGCGAAGAUAGCUGCAAUGCAACCGAAAGUAAAGCAGCCCUCUGCUUCGUGCGACUCGAAUUCAAAAACAAGACACUAUGCGCAAUACACGUGGCCUUCUUUGCGACAAAAGCAUCGACCCGUCGGCAGGUUUUGGAUGAUCUAAAGAGCACAAUAUUUGCGGGGGUAUACGAAGUCGCAGUACCGACUCCAUCCAAGUUGCUUACGUCAUCGCUGACAGAAACGCCAGUCAUUCUGUGUCACCGAAUGCUAAGUCGUUUGUUUGUUACGCAUGACACCCUUCUUUUCCACGGCAACGACCAAAAGCUCAGGCCUUUUAAUCUUUACGCAGUAUCGCCCAUGUUGGGUGCUGAUAAAAGCGCGAAAGUUUUACCUCCAUCAAAUACGUGUUGCGGUGGCAGUGAGCUGAAGCUGCAUCGAGUGUUCGGUGCGUACAUAUGGCAUUCGAGUUGGAAGUGGGAAGUACCAAACUUGGCGUCCAUGUCGAAUGUAAUGCGACGACUUCACGAGGCCCGCGUGAGCUGUGGAUUUUGGGUCUUGGACUGGAAGAUAGCGGAAAGUGAUGAUGGACACGGUACGCAUGUUGAGAGCGUGAUUUUCGGGCGAGAAAUUCUGAUGGAAAAUGAAAAUGGACGCAUCAAAACAGCCCUUCUGCAAUAUGGUCUCCGUCGUGUCUCAGAUACUUGCCUAAUGACGUCGUUUUGGAUGGAACCUCAGCACGGUGUCGUAAAGACCCGAUUAUCGAGUAAAGCUGAUCACAAAGAUAGGUUUCACUGGAGUCUAAAGCAAGCUAUCGGGCAUGACACACCGUUCGAAAACUAUGACGGAGACGCUCGUCGAAGUAGUGCCCGAGGAACUUCCGGGUAUAUAUCUACAUCUUGCGUGGAUGACAAUGUGAAGUCUGAAGAGCCAGGAAGUCCAAAUACUGACUCGGGUGGGGAAUUAGCAUACCUGGAUGAGAGCGAACUGUUACAUUUGAUCCGCGGGUAUCUGUACAAGAGCGACCGCCACUUUCUUUCGUGUUUGUACACGUUCGAUUGCAUCAUACAUUUUCGUGAGAAUAUUGAACUGUCGGAUCAAUCGAGUAAGGAUAUUGAUGGCGUCGUCGGCUCUAGUUGGAGCGUCGAUCGACAACUUGCGGCAGAGAUUGGCAUGAUCCUUCCUCCGUUCAGCACAGCCAGACUUCUCGCGACUUCAAACCGGUCAACAGAACAUUUCUUGAUGUAUUUGCAAUGUGACAGUGAACCGAUGAGUAGGGUGGACGAGUCGGGAAUGUUCGAGUUCCCAGUCUCCCCGGCCAACGAGAAUCUUUAUUCGAUGCUUGAAGUUACUUUGAGAGGUCUGAGUGAUUGCGAAGUGGCAUGGGCAGACUACAACGGGGACAAUGUGGCAAACUUAGAUAUGACUUCAACCAGCAAUAUUGGCGAUGAUUGCUUUGACAAGGCAGGUAUGGAUGGACAGCUGCCGCUGUGGUUAAAGGAACAAUUGUCGUUGACUUUCGAGUCUCGUAAGCCGCACCAUACCUUAAGUAAAGGAAAGUGCUUUGCUAAACUUGUGAGCAGCGACUGCGUUGUACUGGCAUUCUUUCCGUCGCUGGACACUCUGCAGAUUGAAAACAAAACGGACAGAGAACCGUCUUCGAAGAAUAGUGGUGAAAUGGAAGACGAAUCGCUUCUCGAAAACAGGUUUGAUAAGUUCAAGACGUCAUCUGCGGACGAUUCGUCUUCGCAACAGUUUUCAGUACAGUCAGCUGAAGAGGACGGACCAAGUUCACGAGUGAUGCGGAUGUCCGUCUCUGCGGAUGAUAUUGUGCUAUAUCAAGAACGCCGGCGCAGCUUCCGCGAAGGGUACAAGUCCUGGAGAAUGGGUCAUUAUCAAGGAUCUCGUGAUGCAAAGCAGAGUUAUGGGCGUGAUUUUCGAAGACUGCGCCUCCCGUCUACCCCUGAAGAUCACGAAUUUUGCGAAGAGAUCAGCCGCCAGGCGGCGUAUGGCUGUGAUUUUCACUUACUGAUCGAAAGUGCUGGUGGAGUUAUGGGUUCAGGUUUCUUUCAAGUUGCUUUUUACGAGUGCUCGAUAUCAAGGUUAUCGACAGACUUACACGAAACUAGUAAACAAACCCUUGAUGGUGUGGAUCUAUCCCACACUGUGUUAAAGCACCUGUUCUUCUCGAGCAAUCAUGGAAAUACGAAGAAAGAUUGCAUGACGAUACCGCUCAACCCUAAUCAGCUGAAAACGCCUUCAGCUCGGUCACCGUCAAGUUCCACAAAAUAUCAAUUGAGUGCUGAUAGCGCUCUCGAGUCUCGUCGAUUUCGCAAGAAAAUCAAACGUGCGCACGAGCAUAACUUCUCUCGUGGUGUUUACAUGGCUCUCCGUGCAGAAGGAUCGGUCCAGCACAGCGAUUUGCUGCAGGCGCUUUCAAGUUGCAUAGAAAUUCCUGUAGAUUUUGAUGUUACACUUCUGUAUCACAUGAUGGAAAUUGCCGCAUCACAGAAAACGUCCCCGCUGAGUCCGGCAGCAGCAGCCGUGAUUUCUGCUGGUAUUGGCGCAGAUAUUCUGAGGGACAAACUGACGAAAUCUUUUGAAACGAUUUUAUCGAGUGUUUUCGCUCCUAUCACUGGUACGAAGUAUUAUUAUUAUACUGGGAACGAAAAUGCAAUGUACGAAGACCUUUCUGCUAGUGAAUGCGAACUGCAUAUUCUCAUGGAAGAUUCAGAUGAAGACGAAACAGUUGCUGAGAACCGAAACGGAAGGUGGCCCCAAGACAACACUGACACGGAUCCCACUCAAGAGCAGGACAUCCAUCGCAACGUUGCCGAACGCAACACCGAAGCUUACCGACAUUGCUCGGAAGGAUCAUCAGACAUCAUCUCAGGGGAAGAGAACGAUACUGAUGCAAAGGGUCUUGCUCAACGCAGACGUGGUAGCUUCAGACGCGAUGUAACUCCUCUUGUGGACGGUUUUAGUGACGAAAGAUUGGAAAGCGAGGAGCAGUCCGGGGCAGUUGAAGAGGACGCAGAGUUUAACAAAGAUGUCGCCGUUGCGACGUCCAGCUUCUCAGUACCAUUCUUCCUAAGGUUUGAAUGCCGCGUGCUUCAUUCUUCACGUGAGACUCGUGCAGAUACUACCGACACGCAUGUCUUGGGACCGGCGUCGCUGUUGCGCCGGUCUUCUAGUAGCGCUGCGUACGAAGACGUGCGAAAGGAAAUGGCACAAGCCCAAGCCUCUGCGUCAAACAGUCGGCAGGAGGAAUUUGGCGCUUUUCUGGAAUUGUUGAAGAACAGCCAGGGAUCUCAGCACUGCUCCGAUGCGUCCGGGGUGUCUCGUAUUGCCGAGUCGUUUAUGAAUGUACCACCGAGUCGUAUUGCUUUGCGUUUAGUGACUAUGACGUUGCCUAACGAAAGUGAGGUCGACGGUCGACGUGUAGGUCCUCAUGGUCCAUUUGUAAUGGACACGAGUAGCAGCAAUCAUGCGGGAAUGGCCAACGCGUUGCCGUCAAUUUCACCUAACUUUGCGACGCUGCAUCGUUAUCAAUGCCAAGUGCUAACACGCAUUCGAAAGGACAUUAAGGAGUGGUGCAGCGUAGAGAUUCUUUCAAUUUUGAAGCAUGCGAAUGAAAUCACACCAGCAAUCGGAGCGCUAGUGCAAAGGCUCUUCGAUGACCUGCCUGAGCUCGCUGUGACAAACGCGAAGUACCCGCUCGAAUUUGUUGCCAGCAGCCAAGAAACCCCUACUACUCCGCUUGUUCUAUUCAAGCAAGAGUUCGAAAGAGGCGAUUUACUAAAUGUCCAUUGCUGCAACGGAGUGUACUUUGUAGCUGAAGCGAUGGGGCCUGCCGAAGGACUCGACGGAGCAAGUGAAAAUCGGUCCGGCGCGACCUAUGAAAUUCCGUAUUGGGCAUAUUUCGAAUUCGGAGCUGGUCACAUCAGUUUGCGGCUUCAUCACCCUGAUCCCUUCGGAGUCAGUGGUAAAGGGUUAAGCCGGUUACAAGUUCUCACUCGUCUCCAACUUAGUAUUCGCGCUAUAUGCCGUCGUGUGAAUCAGUCCUUGCUCUUGCUGCAACUCCACGAGACUCGCACUUGCAACAGUUUGCUGCUACCACCAGACAGCGACUCACCAAUAAGUCCGCGGUCGCCCAAGCGACGUACUAGUUUGCAAGGAAAUACCGAUUCGAUGAACGAAAACGAUAACCAGACAAAGCCGGGCCUUUUCUUUUGGCCUGGUCAGUUCGAGUGUGACUUGCGCUACUCGGCUUUUUUCAAACUUCAUGAACGUUUGACGCCCAAUUUUGCGCUCAACAUGUUAUGUACAUCAGCUUUGGAGCAAUUCCAAGUUCACAAUCGACGUCAUCUUUUUGUGUACCGCGAUCGCGAUGGAAAUGUGUUUUACAUGAAGAUUUGCAUUUCUUCCGAUGCAACAUUGUCCCACCGAGUGAGUCGUCAGUUCGGCGAAGAAAGACAAGAACAAUGUUGCAUCGCAAAGCCGAGUAUCGGAGCAAGUAUCAAUGGAGGUGCAACAAAUUUCGCAACAACGACCGCAUCAGGAGAAACCCUUGGAAUUCUGCUACAGGUGUUUGGCGUUUCUGAAGCAGGUGAAGAAGUAACCAAUGAGCUAUGCCAUCUACUGGAGCGAAAACUUGACGAAGCAACGCAGGUAGUACUUAUGAAGCUGCUGGCGCGCAACACAAAGUUCCAGCUGAGCCAGUCUGACCUAGCAUUUCUGUGUCCUCCCGCGGUCGAACCUUCGAGUGAUGUCUACUAUAGUCUUCCCGGCGAAGUAUCCCACUGCUGUGUGUUACUGCACUAUUUGUCUCAGACGCUUAAGUUGGCGUCAUACAUCCGUCCUGUCACAAGCGGUGGAUCGUCUCAUAUGCGGAAUAUGCGGGGCACUGUGGAUCACUCGCGGCGUGCAGCUCGGCGUGGAAGCAUAACGUCUGUAGAAAACUUUGUAGGUGUGCUCGAUGAGGAGUCUACAAAAGACAUGGCUCAAGAAAAAGAUGUGUCGACAAAAGUCGAGGAAGAUACAAAAGUGUCCACGAUCCAAGACAGCGCACACAUACACCCUGCUUGCUUUGGAGUCUAUCCGACAAAGAUGAAAUGCGAAGAGGACGGUCCGCUAGCUUUGUUUGAUGCAGCUACUCGUUCGCCAGUGUUCUUCGUUACGAAACGUAAAGGGAGAGGAGAAAGCUGUUCUUCUCAUAAUGCGACCUCGACAGUGGCAUCUCCUGAAAUCGUGGCCCAAGCGUCGUAUGUAAUGAACCUGAACCCAGACUUGCGCCUUUCGCAAGGUUUUCUGUCACGUGUCGGUAAGGGGCUUGCUCUUAUACGCGUGGACCUUAUUCGCAAGAACUUCGCCAAAUCUGAGUCAGGAGAAGAUCUAGAGCUACAAGAUCUAGAAGAGGCCCACACUGUCCCGAGACUCACAGCGUUGUACUCAUCCUCUGCAAACAGCGACCAUGUACUGGUGGCAAGGUGUCAGAUAUGGACUCGCGGAUCGAUUAAUGCAACGGAGCUGAGUAACGUCGUGAAGGCAUUUUUGAAUGAAGCCGUGUGUGACUACCACAUCGAAGAGACAAUCAAAAACUUGCAGCAGCAGCAGGAUGCGACUGGUGAAACAACUCCCGUUUCAUUUGGUACUCAUGUGAGUCAACCCUCGGGGGUGAAUAUGCUGGUGUCGCUUUUCAAACGUGCAUGUCUCUUGCCUUCGUCGUCCGUUACGAAGUUAAAAGGGCCUGUAUCGAUCGCGCCAUGGGAUCUCAACAAUGUCAUGGUACAAGUGAGAAACUUCUUGUCCUGCUUACCUCACCACCUGCGUCCUGGGGUCUAUGCAAAGUCACUUUCGGGUGGCUACGAUUUUGUUUCGAGUUGUGACGAAAGGUCAAACAUGAGCCCUCGCGCGAAUGAACCGCCGCCAGCCAAGUUCCGGCUUAUUGUACAGCAUGCCAGUGAUCCGGACGCAGACGAAGUUGCGGACUCGAGUGACUCGGAUACAGAAACGACAGCGUCGGUAAGCUCAACGGCUCACCACAUCGAGCCGUUGAUGAGGACUGACUCAAUUCAUUCAGAAAUUUCGGAUAUUGACUCGGUAUCAGGUCGAGUUCCGCUCACAUGGGCAUCGAUCAGUGCAAGCUACGACUUGAAUGCGAAUUCACAGCUACAACAUUCGUCGUCUUUGUCUUCCACUACUUUAUCGGUGGUUGGAGCAACGGGAGGGGGUCAAUCACACUACCAAAGAGGGGUCGCUUCGGAGAGAGAUGUGUUGCUCUACGCCAACAACCGCAGUACUUACCGUCGUCGGCGAAGGUCGCAACAUGAUGAAUAUCCGGAGGUCAAACGAUCGUUUUACUAUGUCGUCGAUUUGUCCAUCAAGAAGGGGUUGCGAUUGUACGGAUACAACAUGAGCAGCUCAUUGGUGGAAGCGUUGACUGCGCACAUAGCGCGCGUGCUGACGUGGAGUAUGCUUCGUGAACAUCUGCUAAGGAGUCUGCUGCUUGAAAAGUCGGGUCUUUCAACUGCCGCUCCUGUUGGAACCAUGGUGCUGCAGCCCAGCUGUUUAUUUUCGACUGUCGAGAGAAUAGAGCAAGCUGGAAAGGGCGCUGGCAAGAACUCUGCUGUUCUAUGCAAAGACUCUGCAGUCCACUUCAUCGAGUAUCGGUCUUGCGUGCUUUCGAUACUGCAGUCCAACGAGUGGUUUCCCAGAGUCUUGGAUACCGUUUGUUUGCGUUCGAUCGAGGGCACCUCCCUCGGAGUGUAUUUGCGUGAGGCGCAGACUCAGCCAACCACAGCGGUCGUUGAUGCUCAGUACCAGCGCCCUCGAGGAAAGGGCAGCACAUGUUUAGGUGUUUCAGUGGGACCCCCAAGUAUUCCCGACCUUACGAGGGAAGUGUCAGGGCAAUCUGUAUCGCAACGGAGUGUCCAGAGUCACGGCGACAGCUCAUUGAAUUUGCUAGGAGGCCAAGCAUCAGGGAAAGCCAAGGGUGGAUGCGUUGUUAGCAGCAGUAGCGCGUCUGAUAUUGUACCAUCUUCUUCCCCAAGUAGGAGAUUGACUGGUAAAGAUCGAGGCGAGACUGCUCGAAUGCGAGGUGGAGCGGGAGCUACAACAGCGUUAAUGGCAGCACGUGCUAGAGCAAGGGGCGGUGGUGGCUUUCCAAAUCGAACGGGCGGGGUGCUGGGCGCUGGUCCAGCACGUGCUGGUGGUAGUUCCCCUGCAGUUUUGUCCAGUGACACAGUCGCGCCAUGGGAUCUGCCGUUGUCAAAUAUGAAAGCACCACGGUUGCUUACCUCUGCGGACGACGACAACGUCAAACCAAAGGGCGCUCGGGAUGGGGGUCAAAAAGCAGGCAUCGAAAUUGAUUCGACGGUCAAACCCAGUGCAAUGUCUACCAGCAGACCAAAAGGAGUAAAUCGUCACGUUCGAAGAGGAUCUCGGAGUAGUGGUGUAAGCGAUCUAGGCUUACCAUCAUCUUCAUCUUCGCUGUCAGGACUCCCGUUAGCAAAGUCGUCUGCUCAUCGCAUAGGUAGCAAGGAGACGGUGUCGGCCGAUCCAGGCCGAAUCCACAGUUCGUGGAAAACACAGUUGGAGGUUGCAUGGGGGCCUCGAUUCAUGUUUCCUGGAAAUACAGAACGAUGGGUUACGAGCGUUCCGCCUGAACAGCAGCAGCACUUUAUUGAGCUCGAGGAGGAUGAGGAUCAUGGCCAACCCAAGAAAAGUCUAGCACCCCUUUCGUUCUUUUGCUCUGCGCUGGAGAAACGGUGGGAGAUGUUUGAAAUACGGUCAACUAACCACACAGUGGGCAUGACUUUGCUGGAGAAGCUUGCGUCUUUGGACGCAAAUGAAUCGAUAGAAGAGCCUGUCGCGAAGGGUAUUGUGGCACAUUUGAUGCAGAGUGGACACCUUUUGCUACAUCAGCGCUUUCGGGCUGCAUUCGUGGAACAGUGGACAUCAGCAGAAGCGACAGGAACGCGUGAAGGCGACGAAGUUGUCGACAGUCGCUUGAGCGAAAUGCAGUCAUGCUUGGAUCUGGUGCACUUGCUACGGUACAAACGAAAAUUUAUGUUUGAUCAAGAUAAGUGCUCUGUGGCUAAACUCUAUGCAGAACACACUGUGGAGAGUGUGGGAGCUGGCACGGGUGCCGAUGUCUGGGCGAUGCAGCAGCAGGUUGCAGCCAACAUGGAGCCGUUACGACUAGAAGUGGCGAGUGAUUUCUACAAAGAAUAUGCUGUGCACUUGCGCACACUGGGAUUCCGACGCCUAAGGACGUUAGACACAAGCACAAAACAUGCACGCGCAUUAUCAGUCGAUCACGCUGCGACUGAGAAUGGAACUGAAGUGCCCGGUGUAGAGGGCUUUUCCGAGUACUUUUAUCACCCUGAAGAGACAGCAGCAAAAGCUGGGGGAUGGAAUGUGGAUUCGAACGAAAGCUCUAGCGAUGCCCAUGCCUCAGCCACUGUGCUGUUAGAAGUCAAGUGUGACAAUCGUGGCGUGCGACUGACUGCUGUGCUUGUAAGCUUGCACGACUUAGAGCAGCAAGACCUGCAGUUGCAGACCCCUCUGGCAGUAAGAGCCGGUAGGUCCACAGCUGCGACGUCUGGGCGUAGAGUUUACAUCGUAGCUGCGUGGUUACGCGCCCAAUUGCAAACUCAGGCCCUCAUCUAUGGGUUCACCAUUCGCUACUUCCAGCAGCACAUACUUCAGUGGAUCAACGCUUCUUACGAAUUUGGCAACGAGCAGAACAUGCAUCGACACCGCGACGAUCGACACGUCAAUGAGGAUGGUGCGAUAGCGAGCGCAUCUUUGAUUCCGUGGAAGAAAGCCGCCACCUUUCAGAACAUCGUCCGAGGACUACAGAGCUUUUUAGUUGCGUUUCCAGAUCUGCCAGUGAAAAACAUGAAGUCAAGUGCAGCAGCGCCGACGCCGACUCGAAAUUCUGAUGGCGACGACACAGUGGCGACAAAGCAAAUCGAUUCGAAGGCCUCCUUGAAUUACACAGCUUCUGCAACACCUGACCAUGGUAGUUAUCGACCAACAUCGCGCGUUGUAUCGAGGUUUGCUCGGCGGGCCGCGACCAGACAGCAUCAACAGCAGUCAGCGUCAUACUUUCCUACGACUCAAUCUGCGUCAGGAGCCUCAACCACGUCAGCAGUGCCUCUGACUGCACCCGCGUCAGCAGCUACACAAAAACGUGCGACGCCUUUGUCUUCGCUCUGGCGUGGCUGUGUCUUGCGAGUGGCGACGGUCGCACUGCAACCGACUUUACUACAGUCGAACUGCUCCGAGCUGAUCUUGGUGCAGAACUUGCUGAGGUAUAUCGCAUGCCAUGGCUCGCGCUAUGAAGUGGUGGAUCUAUUGCAAUUUGGCACGCCGGAUGCUGUCGUAUGCCAUUCUCUAUCAGGCAGUUUCUUCAACCGACCGACAGCCACAUUGACAUCGUCCAUGCCGGGGCGCCAAGGGGAAGCUUGUAACGGAUAUUCGUUGGUCAUCACAACGCAAAUGUCGACGCUGAAGUCGGUGGAUGGAGGCACGGUGCAGCUGCUGCUAGUCAAGAGUACGCCUUCGGAAUCAGGCGUGGGCAGCGAAGUUCUACCGGUGGAGCGGGCAUUGCAGGAAGCCCAGCUAUUCGCCCGCGAGCUAUUUCGCGUGGCGACUCACCACUACGAGCGCGAUCUCUUGUGGUCUCGACUGCUGUUUGACGACUCGCGCGAUCCCGAAGCCGAUUUGGCUCCGACACUGGCGCUUCCGAGGGACCUGUUCCGUGCAGACAUCGGACCACAGCAGUUGGAGGAGUGCCUGCGGUUGUCAAUUCGUACUCCCUUGGAAUGGCUGGACCCGCGUCUCGGCGAGCUGCUACGUGUAUCGGGUGUCUGUUGGCAGGAGUUGGCCAUGCGGCUGCGUAUUUUGUAUGCAGAUCAGCUCCGCGAGUUCCAAUUCCAACAAGAAGACGAGAGCAGCAGUCACCUGCUGUUGCUCUGCCCCGACACAUUUGACCUCGUGAUACACUUGACGUUCGUCACACCGAAGGAGGACCAGUUGAUGAUGGGACCUGAACAAGACGGCGCGGCGGAUGGGGUCAGCAACCAAAGUACGGACAGUCCCAGCAGAAGCUCAAGCAGGUCGAGCGACCACUUCAGCAGCGCCAGCGAGCAGAGGAUCGUCGCUGGCACUGGCAACAGAGCGGCGGAAGAUGACGUGCACGUGGAGAUCUGCCGCCGCGAGGAGCCGCCGAAUAAGGAGUUUACGCUCGCCCAGCGGCGGUCGAUUUCGGAGUUUGUCAACAGCAUUGUGCACUGGCAAUGGCGAAGUCUCAUUUACGAUUAG